CCAACCUGCUUUUACCGAUUCCACACGGUGGACCUAGUGCCGUAGGGUGUGUAAUUAACCCAUCACGUGGGCCAAGCAAAGUGCUUGAUAGUAUGUACUGCUCUUUCACGUUAGUCUCGCUUAAUCCUCCAAACAGCCAGAAUGGUGUGGUCAUAGCAAAGGUUACCUCCAGAAGGAUAACCACAAAAUUGGUAAAGGAGGCAUUUCUCUAGAGGACCUAACUUAUUAAGCGUCAGUUUCUAAGGAACAGACACUGGACUAGGAGCCAAGAUUCUCCUCUUUGCUGAUUUCAUCUUGUGCAAGUCAUCUUACCUCUCUGGAUCUCAGUUGCCUCAUCUGUGAAAAGGAGAUAACAAUUCUGUGCCUGUCUGAAGAUGAGGUGGAGGACCAUUGUACCACAGCACUGUGUUCUCGUGGUUACAUGUCUGCUUACUGCCUUUGAAGCUGUGCCUAUAGACAUAGACAAGACAAAAGUGCAAAACAGCCAACCUGUGGAAAGCGCCAAGAUAGAACCACCAGACACUGGACUUUAUUAUGAUGAAUAUCUCAAGCAAGUGAUUGAUGUGCUGGAAACAGAUAACCAUUUUAGAGAAAAGCUCCAAAAAGCAGAUAUAGAAGAAAUAAAGAGUGGGAGAUUAAGCAAAGAACUGGACUUAGUAAGUCACCAUGUAAGGACAAAGCUGGAUGAACUGAAAAGACAAGAAGUGGGAAGGUUACGGAUGCUGAUCAGAGCUAAGAUGGAUUCCACUCAAGGUGCAGGCAUGGACCACCAAGCUCUUUUAAAACAAUUUGAGCACCUAAAUCAUCUGAAUCCUGAGAAGUUUGAAUCCACAGAUUUAGAUAUGUUAAUCAAAGCGGCAACAGCUGAUUUGGAGCACUAUGAUAAGACUCGACAUGAAGAAUUUAAAAAGUAUGAAAUGAUGAAGGAACAUGAAAGGAGAGAAUAUUUAAAAACACUGGAUGAAGAAAAGAGAAAAGAAGAAGAAUCAAAAUUUGAAGAAAUGAAGAAAAAGCAUGAAAAUCAUCCCAAAGUCAAUCAUCCAGGAAGCAAAGAUCAACUGAAAGAAGUGUGGGAAGAGACGGAUGGACUGGAUCCUAAUGACUUUGACCCCAAGACAUUUUUCAAAUUACAUGAUGUCAAUAAUGAUGGCUACCUGGAUGAACAAGAAUUAGAAGCCCUGUUUACUAAAGAGUUGGAGAAAGUGUAUGACCCUAAAAACGAAGAGGAUGAUAUGAUAGAAAUGGAAGAAGAAAGGCUUAGGAUGAGGGAACAUGUAAUGAAUGAGGUUGACACUAACAAAGACCGAUUAGUGACUCUGGAAGAGUUUUUGAAGGCUACAGAGAAAAAAGAAUUCUUGGAACCAGACAGCUGGGAGACAUUGGAUCAGCAACAAUUCUUCACAGAAGAAGAACUAAAAGAGUAUGAAAACAUGAUCUCUUUACAAGAAAAUGAACUGAAGAAGAAAGCAGAUGAGCUUCAGAAGCAAAAAGAAGAGCUCCAACGUCAGCAUGACCAGCUUCAGGCGCAGAAGCAGGAGUACCAUCAGGUUGUACAACAGAUGCAACAAAAGAAAUUGCAACAAGGAACUCCUCCAUCAGGACCAAACGGAGAACUGAAGUUUGAGCCACUGAUUUGAUUAAGUGGCUUUAUGCCGUGUUGAGGGGAAACAGCAGUAAGUGAGAAAGCUCUGCCGGUUGCUUUUAAAAUAAAUAGUGCUCACUCACAAAGAUAAA